AUAGCAGCACAAGUGCAGAUCUCCUGCCCAUGCAGUUCUCCCGCACUGCAUUCACCAUUCAUCAUUUUUUGUUUGUAAAAGCAGUUCAAGCGGGAGAUCUGCAUGCAGUUCAAUAUUUUCUGUCUUUUUGUGGAAAAAGCAGGAGAUCUGCAUGCAGAUCUCACCCGCCAACAUUUGGUGGUGUUGAUCUGCUUUUUUUUUGUUUAGUCAAUAAAUAACUUUGUUACAACACAUAACUUAAAAAAUAUAUUUAUCUAAUUUUAUGAAUACAAUAUUUUUAUUUAUUUCAUUUACAACUUUAACAAUACAAAAUUAUCAUUCUCAACUUAUUAUUUUUUCUCAUAUAAUUUUUAAUUUCUAUAAAUAAGAAAAUAAAAAAGUAUAAGUAUCUUAAAAAAAUAUUUACAGGCAUUUCGGCCGAUCCUAUAACAUCUAAGAUAUUUGUUUAGAUAUCUAAGUGUCAUUUUUAUUGUUUUAAUAUAUGAUCUAUAGUUUUGAACUGAUUUUGUCAUUCAUAAGUUAUACGAAAUUAUUUGAUCUGAUUCUCUCCUGCAUGAUCCGCUUGAUCUGCACUUGUCCUGCUUUGAUCUGCACUUGUCCUGCUUGAUCUGCAUGAUCUGCUUGAUCUGUCCUGCUUGAACUGCUUUUACCAUUCGAAGCCUUAGGCUAGCUAUAGGUCUAGCUUAAUUCCACCUGCUUUUGAAAUUAGCAGAAGAGAGGAGAGAAGGAGAGAAAACGCAACGUUUUCAUGAGUACAUUUCAUACAAUCCAAUUAUGCAUUGAUUACAGUUUUAUUCUAUUUAAAUUUUCGAAUAAGUCAUAAGCAUGUAUAUUUUAUUGAAUUAGAUAGAUAAAAUAAAAAUAAAACAAAAAAAGAUAGAUAAAACAAAAAUAGAGUGUGUAAAUAUUUCCUUUUUGUGAAUGGGGAAAAAAUAACUCGAAGUGCACUGUAGAGAGGCUAUUUUCAACUUUGGCAGACAGUAACAAGAUGGAAAUGACCCUCUGCUUCUGAAAUAUCCAGGCUCUGCAUUACAUAUAUACAGACAAAAUAUACACAUUUAUUCCAUGCUUAAACUAUUAUAUUUUCGAGAUUUAUCAGUAAAAAUGGUUUGGUUGCACAGAAAAUAAAUCAGUAAAAAUGGUUUGUUGGUUAAAUUACCCAGAUAUGCUAAAAAGUAAAAGAAAAAACAUUAAACGCAAUUAUAAUUCUCUAAGACAAAACAUUUUCUAACUCAAAAGAACAAGGGUUCCAAAAAAUUUAGCUAUAUUUUCUUUAAUUACGUUUCUUGCUUUUGGGCUUCCCACUGCCCAGUUCGUUUUAGCAGUGUUGUUAUAAUGAUUUUGUCUUUAGUAAACUAAAUAUUACUAUAAAUAAUCAAACAAACAAAACCAUAAACUAGCAUUGUUGGUAAAUAUGAUUAUGGGGUUUGCUAUGUUCUGAACUCUUUUACUGCAGCAAGAACUAUAUUAGCAAAAUAGUAAAAUUAAACAAAUAGAUAAGACCCAUUAAAUUUCGAAAAUACACAUGAUUUGUAUUUGGUUUAAAAUAUACUACUCCUUCCGUUUUUUAAUAUAAGUCGUUUUAAAGUUAUGCACAUAGAUUAAGAAAAUCAUUAAUUUCUUAUAUUUUCGAAACAAAAACAUCAUUAAUUAUUUACAUAACCACAAUUCAACCAAUAGAAAAAUAAAAGAUAUAUUAUCAUUGGUCAGUUAACAUUAAUUAUUAAUAAAUGUUACAUAGAAAACCGAAAACGACAUAUAAUUUAGAACAAAAAAAUUUCUCUAAAACGACUUAUAUUGGAAAACGGAGGGAGUAUAAGUUAUGUAAGAUUCUUGAUAACACAUAAUAUAUUUAUAAUGUUGAAGUAGAGGUGAUGAUUGAUUAGGAUAUAACUGUAGAAAAAUUUAUUUACAAUUUAAUUAGUAAGUUUUUUAUUUAUUUACAUCAACGACAACUUUAAAUUUUAAAUUUAAAAGGUAAAAAAAUAUUUGACACAACAAUAUAAUUUUCCAUAACUUAAAAUAUAUUGCUUUAAAAUAAAGUUUUUAUAAAUAUUUUUUUAUUUUUGAUGAUGUAGUUUUAAAAAUUAAUAUAAAAAUGAUUGGUAAUUUCAAAAAUAUAAAUAAAAAUUAAAUUUAAAUUUAGUUUCUACAUUCCAACAAUCGUUCAAAGUUAAAAACUUAUAACAGUAAAUUAACUUCUUUUUUUUUUUGAACACAACAGUAAAUUAACUUAAAAUAAGAAUAAAAUGGGGGGUACGUGGUUGUGUGUGUUGGGUAUUGGGAAACUAAAAUCCCACCUUCUCAGACGCAAUUCAUUAAUCUUUCUCUGAUUCUCUCUCUGUCUAUAUUUACAUUAUUAUUCGUAUCUAUUUAUUAUUGAUGAAUCCUCUCACACAGCCAGCCGUACUGAUUCGCCAUCUUUUCACCCUUUAAUGAAAUCUUUCCUCCUCUUCCCAUCCCUUUUUAACUUCACAGUCUUUCUUUCUUACUGAAACCCAUCUCCACAAGAAACCUCAACAACAACAAUGCAAAGCAGCUUCAAGACCGUUCCUUUCAACCCUGACUUCUACUCCCAAGCCUCUUUCUUCUUCAGAGGAGAUAGUUGUCUUGACGAGUUUCAUCAGCCCAUCAACGGGUUUCAUCAUGACGAAGCUGUUGGUUUGAGUCCAAAUGUCACUGUUGCUGCUUCCAACAACUUACACUACACGACGUUUGAUACGGUCAUGGACUAUGGGUUGAGGGAGAGACUUGAAGGAGAAGAUGAGUGUUUGGACACAGGGGAGUUAAUGUACCAAAGAGGAACAAGGUUAGUAGGAGGAGGAGAAGUGAACAGCAGUUUAGACAAGUGGUGUGAUUCGGUUUCAGCCAUGGCUGAUAACAGUCAACAUACUGACACUUCCACAGAUAUUGAUACUGAUGACAAGUCUCAGUUAAAUGGAGUUAAUCAAGGGAUGCUUUUGGCUACAAAUUGCUCAGAUCAAUCUAAGACCCUUAGAAGACUUGCUCAGAACCGGGAGGCUGCUAGGAAAAGCCGGUUGAGGAAAAAAGCAUAUGUUCAGCAACUUGAGAACAGUCGGAUCAGGCUAGCUCAGCUAGAGGAAGAGCUCAAAAGAGCUCGUCAACAGCAGGGAUGUUCGGUUGAAAGAGGAGCUUCAAGGGAAAACACUCAUGCGCCUGCCGGAAAUGGUGUCUUUUCUUUUGAAUUGGAAUAUGCACGUUGGAUGGAGGAGCAUCAAAGGCUGAUCAACGACUUAAGAGCGGGUGUGCAUUCGCAGCUAGGUGACAACGAGCUACGUGUACUAGUGGACGCUGUGAUGAGUCACUACGAUGAGAUCUUCAGGUUGAAGGGAAUUGGUACUAAAGUAGACGUCUUUCACAUGCUCUCAGGCAUGUGGCAGACCCCUGCUGAGAGAUUCUUCAUGUGGUUAGGUGGUUUCAGAUCAUCUGAGCUACUCAAGAUAUUGGGGAACCAUGUGGAUCCAUUGACUGAUCAGCAGUUGAUAGGUAUAUGCAAUCUCCAGCAGUCGUCUCAGCAAGCAGAGGAUGCAUUGUCACAAGGCAUGGAAGCUUUGCAACAAUCGCUUCUAGAGACGCUUUCAUCUGCUUCAAUGGGUCCAAACUCUUCAGCAAAUGUUGCUGACUAUAUGGGUCAUAUGGCUAUGGCAAUGGGGAAGCUUGGUACUCUUGAAAACUUCCUUCGUCAGGCGGAUCUUUUGAGGCAACAAACAUUGCAACAGCUUCACAGGAUUCUCACGACAAGACAAGCUGCUCGUGCCUUUUUGGUCAUCCAUGACUAUAUUUGUCGGCUUAGAGCACUUAGCUCUUUAUGGUUAGCCCGACCAAGGGACUAAGCCUUGUCGUGGCCCAAAAGAAAGCAUAGCUCUCUCCUUUGUAGCCUUUUAGAUCAUAUGUUUUAAACUUAUUUAGCACGCUGUGUAAACGUUACCAUUUCAGAAUCGUUUAUAUUUGACUUGUUCCCUACGCUAAACUGAGGAAAAACAAGAAGCUAAUUAACAUGAUC